UGUGCGGAGCGAGAGAGAGGACAGCGGGACACCGGUGCUCCAGGCGACGGACUGCAAGAGCCUACCCAACCUACAACACAUGCACGGGACAGUAAUCAACCACCCAGGAGCAUACAGUACAGAGCUCAUCUGAUCUGUCAACUUCAAGACUGGAGUGUUGCUUGUACUUGGAGACAUCCUGUCUAGCAUUGGGAGUAGCAGUGGCAGUCAGCCCUAGCAGCAGGCAGUAGGCAGGCAGCGAGCAGAGAGAGAGAGAGCUGUGAAUGUGUGUGUGUGUAACUGGGCCUGCCAGUUCCGGGGGAGAGCGGAGGAGUACUGUUACACUCCCUGACAGACCUUAUACAUGUUUCAUCUGCUGCUUGGAGAACAGACACCCCGUUUGUUGUCUAAGUCAGCCCUCUCUCCUGGCCCGAGAUGCUGCUGCAAACCGCUAGCCCUGUUGUCGCCUGACGACCAGCAACAGCCACACAACUCCCCAAAGCUGAGGACCAGGCCAGGCCCCGGGUAUCUGAAGGACUCACCUCCUCACCUGUCAGGUCAUGCACAGGGACAUGGAGUAAGUGGUAACUAGUGGUAAGGAUCCAGAAGAGUGUAUAUAAGGCUAUAUGAGAGAUCAGUAAAUGAGGACGACCCUGAAUUUUUCAGUGUCUCUGUGCUGUUGCAGUAUAUUGGCACCUGACUCAACAACCAGCUACUGCCUCAGCUUCCGCCAACUACAGCUCCCAGCAAGCCUGCCAACUACUAAAACGACGAGCCAGCCAGCACUUCUCCUCCAAUAUCCACUGUCCUCGACCAUGAACGAGAACUUACGGCCCCCAUCACUCCAGGUGAGCGUUCCCCGCGAUGCCCCUGCCUACUCGGAUGGGGGGAACGGCGGGGUCUCAGAUGGUCCUGUGUGGUCAAGCUUGUCCACCCCAACGCUACGACGCAAGCGCUUCAAGAUGAGGCGCAUGAAGAACGUGCCCAGUGAGAGGGAGAAGGACAGGGGCAGGCUGGUGAAUGGGUGGCUAGCUUCCACCCGCUCGCACUCGAGCUCCAAGGAGUACCUGCAGCUGCCAUCCAUCGAGAUCACCCGGUCCAGCGACGAGGAUGGGGCCUCCUGGUCCAACUUCUCUACGCCCAGCGCCUCACCCCGACGCAAGCGCUUCCUGCUUCGCAAGUGGCUGAGGGUGAGAGAGAAGAAGGAGCACACCGGCAGCGAGAGCAGGUUGGUAUGGGGUAUUACCUCCCCCAAAAUUUAA